AUGCCGGUUAAAUUGAAGUACCCUUGGAUGGGAAUAGCAAUCCCAUGUUUUCUCAUUUCAUUCAUUGCCUAUACAGCUCAUUAUUUUAUAUUAUUAAAUUUUCUAUCAAUUGGAAAACAGAUAUGGUUUGAGAUCAGUGUGACAAUGAUAUGGAUAUCGUAUUACUUAGCAAUUUACACCAAUCCAGGGAAGCCAGGUUCCAAUUAUAUCCCACCUUCCAAUCAAUGGAAGAACUAUUGCAAAAAGUGCAAUGCAUAUAAACCUGAAAGGACUCACCACUGUAAAACUUGCCAACAAUGUGUUUUAAUGAUGGACCAUCAUUGUCCUUGGACAAUGAAUUGUGUUGGAUACAAAAAUUUCCCUCAUUUUCUAAGAUUUUUGUUUUGGGUUAUAGUAACAACAACAUACUUACUAUAUUUUUUAAUUUCAAGAAUAGUCUUUUUAUGGAAAUCAAGAAACUUACCUAGUUACCUAUUCAACAAAUCUGAAAUAAUAUUUCUUACAAUAACAACACCUAUGGAUGGGUUUGUUUUACUUACGAUAUCGUUAUUAUUUAUACGUUGUACGGUGAAUCAACUUUUAUCAGGUAGAACUCAAAUUGAAACUUGGGAAAACGAAAGAUUAGAAUCUUUAUUCUAUUUAAGAAGACUAAAACCUCAAUUAAUAUCCAAUUUAUGGGAAUUCCAUCCUGAGCUUAAAACUCCAGAUAAUGAAGCCAAGGCAGAGAAGAUAGUAUCAAAAAGAAUAAGAUUUGAUCUACUUGUUAGCUUUCCUUAUGAUCUAGGGUUAAUAAACAAUAUCACAACUGUGUUAGGAUCACCUGUAACAUGGCUUUGGUUUUAUGGUGAACCUUCUGGAGAUGGAAUGCUAUUUAAGAAAAAUGAGUACUCGUUAUUUGAAGAAGAUUCAAUUCUGGAGGAUCAAAUAUUAUCCUUACCAUGGCCACCAGAUGGAGGAAAACACGGUUUCAAUAUUGAAAAUAGUUCAACUAAUAGCAUAGAAACCUCAACAAAAGAUGGCGAACAUGUCAUAAGAAAAAGAUCACCAGUGAGUAAGCUCCUAGAGAGUAGAACUCAGUGGUAUAAUGAUUGGGGUGAGAACUUAGAAGAUUUUGGUGUCGAUAUCGAUGUAGAGUAA